AUGGUCGGCUCUCUCUCGUUGAUGAACGCUCUGCCUUUCCUGGCAGGAGGAACUUUGGCUAGCAUUUCCGAUGCUUUCAACAAUCUGCCCAGUUAUCUAAACUAUCCAACUAUUCCAGAUGACCUGACUACGCCGUUUCAACAGCGACUGGCAGUGUAUGGGCCAAAUUCUGUCUCCAUCGGAUGGAACACCUACCAGCCCAUAGAACAGCCUUGUGUGUUCUUUGGUACAUCUCAUGGAAAACUGGAUCGUCGCGCUUGCUCGACCACGCCGUCAACUACAUAUCAAACCUCGCGAACAUGGUCCCAAGCAGUAGUUCUGCCUAGCCUAAACUCCUCCACGACCUAUUACUAUCAAAUCGAUUCAACAAACUCCAGCGUGGAACACUUUUUGAGCCCUCGAAUCCCAGGUGACAAGACCCCUUUCGCGAUAGACGUGGUUAUUGCCCUCGGUGUUUACGGCGAAAAUGGCUUCACCAAAGGCCACGUCUCGAAUUUGGUCGACAAGAAAGAUACAAUACGUGAGAUUCAGCCAGAGCUAAACCACAGCACCAUCGGCCGCCUUGCCCAAACUGUCGAUGAGUAUGAGAUCGUCAUUCAUCCCGGGGAUUUCGCCUAUGCCGAUGACUGGUGGGUCGACAGUCGGUUUUUACCCGGAGCAAAUAUAGACAAUCACAUUGAAAAUAAUUUCUACGCCGCCACAGAAGUUUACCAGUCGAUCUUAGAGCGAUUCUAUGACCAAUUAGCUCCAAUUGCUGGCCGCAAGCCUUACAUGGCUAGCCCCGGUAACCACGAAGCAAGUUGUUUCCCGAGCAAUACAACGAUCCCCUUCGCAUAUGCCGGCAAGAAGUUAGCCAUUCCUUUCAAAGACUUCUGCCCACAGGGUCAAAUGAAUUUCACAGACUUUAUGCAUCGCUUUGAUCGAACCAUGCCAAACGCGUACCCAUCAUUCUCCAAGAACACGACCGCAAAAGCACUAGCUAAAAAGGCACGGAGCGCUGCACAACCUCCAUUCUGGUACUCCUUUGAAUAUGGCAUGGCACAUGUCGUAAUGAUCAACACUGAGACAGACUUCAAAGAUGCACCCGAAGGACCUGGUGGCUCCACUGGGCUUAACCAAGGCAACUUCGGCAAACGGAAUCAGCAGCUAGAGUUCCUGAAAGCCGAUCUUGCUAGUGUUGACCGAAGUGUCACACCUUGGGUAAUUGUUGCUAGUCAUCGUCCAUACUACAGCUGUGGGGGCUCAGCUCAUAUGUGCAGAGAGUGCCAGAAGGCCUUUGAGGAUAUCUUCUAUACCUAUGGUGUAGAUCUGGGAAUCUUCGGACACGUUCACAACUCUCAGCGAUUCCCGCCCAUGUACCAAGGAAAGGUUGAUCCAAAUAAUCUGACCGAUCCAACAGCCCCUAUGUAUAUCAUUGCUGGCGGUGCGGGUAAUAUCGAAGGAUUGACACCUGUUGGUUCUGUACCUCCGGAGAAUGAGUUUAACUACGCCGACGAUUGGAGUUAUGCUACGGUGAAGUUGUUAGAUGAACAGCAUUUGCAGGUUGACUUUAUCAAGUCUACAACUGGGGAGAUUCUAGAUAGCAGUACCUUGUUCAAGUCACACAAGGAACAGUUCGUGAGAUAA